CCACGUAAUCCAGCUGUUGGUCACAACACUAAAACCUUUGAACCUUUGAUUGUUCAAUUGUUCAUACCAUUAUACCAUUAAAAUAUUUGGUGCCUCUUUCUUUUACCUAUUCGUAAUUGCAUGCGCUCGUUCCUACUACAUCCUUUAUACAUUUAUUAAUACAUUACGCUUGUUGCAAUUAAUCCUUCUGAUUUCGAUUUCGAUUCCGAUUCCGAAAUCCUUCGGCCCUCGUACAAUAAAUAUGGCCCCCGUAUACGAAAGACCCGGAAUCCUCUUUACCGAUCAUUUAAUUCGGAGCGCUAGAGCUGCCGUAGUUGCUGCCGGCCCCGAAGUCGCAAGACUCACCCGCCGAGAUGUCUUAUCCCGUCGCGACUUGACUGUCACCAGCGAUGCUCAGAAAGUUACACUUGGCAUCAUCGCUGCCUACGUCGUCAUUAUAGCCAUUUUAUGGAACGUUCCCUACGUACGCUGGUCAUUAUGGCCCUUCAAGAUGCUGGUCAUCGCAUUUCAUGAGUUUGGGCAUGCCAUCACUGCCUGCUGCACUGGUGGUCGUGUUAAAUCCAUCUCGCUUGAUCCGCGUGAAGGCGGUGUCACCCACAUGGUUGGUGGAAAGAGUGCUAUCACGUUGCCAGCCGGUUACUUGGGAUCCUCACUUAUCGGUGCCCUUCUUAUAUUCUGCGGAUUCGACAUCGUCGCAAGCAAAAUCGCCAGCCUUGUUCUGGCAGUGUGUUUUCUCCUUACUAUGUGGUGGGGUAAAAGGGACUGGCUUACUAUCGUCACUAUUCUUCUCGCCGUCGGGCUUUUGGUUGCUUGCUGGUUCAUUGUCCACGCAGAGCCGUUGCGAUUUGUCGUACUUUUCAUUGGUGUGAUGAGCUCGUUAUAUAGCGUUUGGGAUAUUUGCGACGACUUAAUCCUCCGGAAAGUCAACAGCUCUGACGCAAGUGUUUUCGCCCAGCGCUAUGGUGGCUCAUCUCAAUGCUGGGGUGUCAUAUGGUCUAUUAUAUCCGUGUGCUUCAUGGCCGCUGGAAUUGUCGCCGGUAUUGCUGCAUUCCCCCAGUCGUUCGCACAACAGGAAGAAGAUUCCAAGAACUUUCUCCCAACCCGCUGAGUGGAACCAAUCCUCGAGUAAAGAUGAUAUCUAGCGCCGAGGGUCUAGCUUUAUGGAUUUACGCCCAAUGGUAUAUGAUCACUACGGAGUUUACAGAUUUUGGCCUCGUUUUCGGUCUAUCGGUGGUGCAUGGGUGCGGUUUUCUUUUUUUUUUUUUUUUUUUUGGAGUUGUCAGUUUUAAAGCAGAUACCCUUUUAUACUUUUAUCGAGAAUGAAGCUGACGAGAAGUAAUAAAUUAAAAUACAUGAACUUGAAAUAGUACCUACAUAGAUACCCUAGAUAUAUACAUGCAUAU